CGACUUCGGGAUUUCACAACGCAGAGAUAGGAUGUUUAGUUCCGAAUCCCAAGACCGAUAAGCAUAGCCGACAUCAAUAAAUGUAAUGCAAAUUGUCAUACACAGAUCUAUCAAUCUAGCCUUCUCGAUAUCGCUUCAUGCUGUAUGGAGCAUAAAUCCUGAGAGGGCAUGUGCAUGCGAGUUAGCGAUCCCCAGAUCAUACCUACUGCGUGACAACUGCCAAAAUUUGUGGCCUGUGGCUACGACUCAAUCCCCCAACCCCGAGACCUUUCUCUCAGACGACCUUUUAAUCGAUAAGGCGGCACCAGCAACCCCUCCUCUUAUCACCGAUCGAGUUCAAAACCCCUACAUUUCGGCCGAUUCGAAGUCGAGACAGAACAGGCAAUCAAAUCCUCAGCUGCAGCGAUCAUGCCCAUGGCCAACAUCCACCACCAUUAGUCAAUUCAUGGCACAUCGCUAGCUCUCGGGGAACCUGCACUCUCGGGGUUGAGGAAGGAUGGAGAUGGGCCCGAACUUGUCUCCCUCGGUAUGGAGAGCGUCUCCAAUACAAGCCGAUAGUG